AUGGACCAGCAGCGGACCAUGCCCCCCCGGUUUCCUCCCUCGUACGGCCCGAAUAACAAGGCCCAACCGCCCGGUCCGGGGCAGAAGAUCUACGUGGGCAAUUUCCCGCUGGGCUCGUGGGAGCUCUCCUUCGUCCAGGGGGGCAAUACCUACACGGUAGGGGAGUCCAAGGCUGUGGCCGACGGUAGCCAUCUCAUCUAUGACGAUCCUCCCAACGGGCUCUUCCCGUAUCUCAAGCGCGACCUAGCCGGCUCAGAAGAUCAAGAUCCAGAGGAUGGGGACCCCCAGGAGCCCGCACUCAACGCUACAAUCCGCCUCAACAACUUCCAGCUGCCGGCCACCACGCCAAAACAACAACCUCAGCCGCCGCGCCGCCCUCUCCGGGACCAGCUUCCUCGACCCGCGGGUCUAUACCGACAUACUGAGCUGUCUGCACCGACUGCGACCCCCAACCCGACGGCAGCGGCAGCAACCCCCAGCAAGAGCCGCCCUCCGACUCCACCGGCUACCCAGCAACCUACCAGAUCUAUGCGCCUGAAGCGCGUCUUCUCACAACCCGACGAAUGCGACUACGAAUGGGCCGGCUUCGAGGCCUACGGGCUCACCACGCCCGAGGACGGGGGCGCGCCGUGCUACCUGGACGGAGCCUGGUGA